AUGCUGUCUGACAAGAGUCUCGGUUCGGUGCUCGUCACCGGUGGCUGCGGCUUCUACGGCCACCAUCUCGUGCGCCGCAUCCUCGAAAUCGAGCCGACCUGCGCCGUCUCGGUGCUCGACGUCGACGUCUCCGCAAACAACUUCCCCGGCGUCUCCUACUACCAAUGCGACCUCGCCGACAGCGCUCGCGUGCGAGCCAUCUUCGAGCAGGUCCAGCCGCCGCCGCGCCUUGUCUUCCACCUCGCGUGCCCUCCAAGCAUCAUCGUCAACGACCGGCGCUUCUUGCGCGUCAAUGUUGACGGCACCCGCCAUCUCCUGGACGCGUCCCGGAACGUCGGCGUCAAGGCCUUCGUCUACACAUCGUCGUCGGCCGUCGUGCACGACAACGAGUCGGACCUGAUCGAGGCCGACGAGAGCAUGCCCAUCCUCAAGCCGCCGCAGCAGAAGAGCGUCUACACCCUCUCCAAGGCCAUUGCCGAGGAAGACAUCCUCGCCGCCAACCGCAAGAAUGGCAUGCUGACGGUCUCGCUGCGGCCCUGCACCACCUUUGGGCCGGCCAACCCAGGCUUCAUGAGCCGCAUCGUCGAGGUUGGCAAGACCGGCAAGGCGCGCUUCCAGAUGGGAGAGAAUAACCCAUGGGACUUCAUCUACAUCACCAACCUGGUUCACGCCUGCCUGCUCGCCGCCGACCGCCUGCUCGCCGCCGCCGACGCGCCCGCCCUACCCGCCAACCAGCGCGUCGAGGGCGAGGCCUUCAACAUCACCAACGACGAGCGCAUGACCUUCUGGGACUUCACCCUGGCCACGGCCGCCGCCAUGGGCAAACCCGUCGACAACAAGGACAUCAAGAAGAUCCCGCGCUUCAUCGCCCUCCUCGUCUGCUUCUUCUCCGAGUGGGGCGUCUGGCUCUUCUCGCUCGGCCGCAGGCAGUCCAACAUGGUUCGCGAGGGCGUCGUUUUCGCCUACAUCACCCGCACCCUCAACACUGACAAGGCCAAACGAGUGCUGGGCUAUCGCCCCAUUGUCUCGUUGAAGGAUGGUAUUCAGGAGAGUGUCGACUGGUACAUGAAGCAGGACAAGAAAGCCGAGUGA